GCGGCUGGGGCAGUAGUUUCAGCAUAAACAAGGCACCCGACUGGCUGGGCGGAUUUUUUUUUCCUGCUUCACGCGCGCUUUCGCUCCCUGUCCUUGGGGCGCGCUGGUGGGCGCGCGGCAGAGAGCCGGGAAGCCGAGGACUUGGGGUCCAUCUGCAGGAAAGCAUGCCUCAGACUCCUCCUUUUUCAGCAAUGUUUGACAGCAGCGGUUACAACCGAAACCUCUAUCAGUCUGCAGAGGACAGCUGUGGAGGGUUGUAUUACCAUGACAACAAUCUCCUCUCUGGAUCCCUGGACGCACUCAUCCAGCACUUAGUACCUAAUGUGGAUUACUAUCCGGAUAGAACGUACAUAUUUACCUUCCUCCUGAGCUCUCGGUUAUUUAUGCAUCCAUAUGAGUUAAUGGCCAAAGUUUGCCACUUAUGUGUUGAGCACCAGAGACUAAGUGAUCCUAACAGUGAUAAGAACCAGAUAAGAAAAAUUGCACCUAAAAUCCUUCAACUCCUGACAGAAUGGACGGAAACAUUUCCUUAUGAUUUUCGGGAUGAAAGAAUGAUGAGAAACUUAAAAGAUCUGGCUCACCGAAUAGCCAGUGGCGAGGAGACCUACAGGAAAAAUGCCCAGCAGAUGAUACAGAGCUUGAUCCGCAAACUUGCCGCACUCACCCAAUAUGAGGAAGUCCUGGCAAAAAUCAGCUCCACCUCUACAGAUCGGCUCACCAUUCUCAAGACCAAGCCACAGUCCAUACAGAGGGACAUCAUUACUGUCUGCAGUGACCCUUACACUUUGGCCCAGCAGCUGACGCAUGUAGAGCUGGAAAGGCUCAAUUACAUUGGGCCAGAAGAAUUUGUUCAGGCAUUUGUACAGAAGGACCCUUUGGACAAUGACAAGAGUUGCUACAGUGAACGGAAGAAAACACGAAACUUAGAGGCUUAUGUAGAAUGGUUUAAUCGCCUCAGCUACCUGGUCGCUACAGAAAUCUGCAUGCCUGUAAAGAAGAAGCACCGAGCAAGAAUGAUUGAGUAUUUCAUUGAUGUAGCUCGGGAAUGUUUUAACAUUGGCAACUUCAAUUCCUUGAUGGCAAUUAUCUCUGGCAUGAAUAUGAGCCCAGUCUCUCGACUUAAAAAAACAUGGGCCAAAGUGAAGACUGCGAAGUUUGACAUUCUCGAGCAUCAGAUGGACCCUUCAAGCAAUUUCUACAAUUAUCGAACCGCUCUUCGUGGGGCAGCACAAAGGUCUCUAACUGCUCAUAGCAGCAGAGAGAAGAUUGUGAUACCAUUCUUCAGUCUUUUAAUCAAAGAUAUAUAUUUCCUCAAUGAGGGCUGUGCCAACCGCCUUCCAAAUGGCCAUGUCAACUUUGAGAAAUUUUUGGAACUGGCCAAACAAGUGGGUGAAUUCAUGACAUGGAAACAAGUGGAGUGUCCAUUUGAGAGGGACCGGAAGAUCUUACAGUAUCUGGUCACAGUACCAGUGUUCGGCGAAGAUGCUCUCUACUUGGCAUCCUACGAGAGUGAAGGACCUGAAAACCACAUAGAGAAAGACAGAUGGAAGUCCUUAAGGUCGAGCCUCUUGGGCAGAGUUUAAUGAACGGGAUGCUGGCUGCUGCGUCACACAGACCACUGAGGGGCUGGCCUUUGCUUUCUGGCACCUACUACUACAGAAAAUCAUGUGGUCCCCACAACAGGCUCACUGGAAAGCAGAUGGGCAAUUUAUUUCCCACAGCUGACAGAUUGACUGAGAUUUUGUGAGACUGAAAUGCUCACUGAAGACACUUGAGAAAGAAUCCUGCGAAGAUCCCAGCCCUGCGCAUGAUUCAUCUCCUGGAAUUUCCACGUGAAUCACAGCUCUGCACCUGGACGGAGCUUUCUUUUGUGUGUGUGGUUUUUUUUUAUUUGGUUGAGCAUUUGCUGCUAAUGGGACUUGCCCAGCUGAGUGCUGGCUCUUAGGAAGCUCGUGUUUCUUUGUUAACUUAAGUGAGAAAGGGAGAGGAGGGAGGGGAAGAGCCCCUCCACUUAGACCCCCAACUUAAGCUCAGUGGAGUUGCCAGGAGGGAUAAGCCUGGUGGAUGCUGACUGUGAAACCCCGUUUCCCUUAGUGUGUGCCGUGUUGUGAGUUCCUCUCCCCCCUCUUCCUACAAGGUUUUGAGUUGGCUGCUGGUUAGCAAACUCCUUUUUACCCAUUAAGUUAUUUAAUAAUGAAGCUCAACACUGUGGUAGGAAAAUAGCCACUAGGAAAAAAAAAGCAGAGUUUAUUGUUGGACCGCUUAAGUUCUGGAAGAACUUUUUGUUUUCUUUGUCCUUCUGAGCUGUUUACACCUGACCACUGUGUUCUACAGAUGUAUUUUUCAGUAGUUUUUGUUACUUAGAUUUCCAUGACGCCUAUUCUUUUUUCUCUUAUAAACUCAAGUUAAAUGAUUUUAAGGGUCUUGGAAAAACCCAGGGCCUAAUUACAAUUUAAUUUUUUUAACAGACUUAUUUUUCCUUACUUUUGGAGUCUGUUGGUGACUAAACAUGUGAACAAAGAAUAAAUUGGAAAAGUUACUCCCUCCCCUCCCCCAGUACAGCAGUGAACAAAACCAAUGAAAAACAUCUUGCUGUAAACUCAAAAGUCGAUCUAAUCGUGAAAUAGUGCACCUUGUUAAACAUCUAAAUAAGUCUGUAGUUGCUUUGCAAACAGCCAUUAUAUUUAUUUACUCUAGGAGAAACUAUAGAGUAGUAGCAAACCACGCCAAUGAGAAGUGACAAAGCAUCGUGUUCAAAACAGGGAAGUAUUUGAAAACUUAAUGACAUGGUUUCAGAACACAGAGCAUGUAUGUGUGCUGCACGCCAUCUCAGCAGACCUAAAUGUCUCUAGGUUGUCCCUUUACCGCCAUCAAUAUAUUUUACACUCUGCG